CAAGCUACCAUAAUGCAUGUAAAUGCGAUGUUUUCAUUUGGUGUCAGAUGAUCAGUUAAUUGCUAUCGCAAUAUUCAAGUGCUGCAAAGUGCUGUGUUUUUCCGCAUUUGACGCCGUCAAAAUGAUUAUUUUGAUGAUUAGUUCCUUGGUAUAUUGUAAUAAAACCGGGAUUAAAAAGGUCUAUAGAUUGCUAGUAGACUAGUCAUUAUAUAUCUUAAAAAGUAGCGCAGGGAACUGGACACCAGUCUUAAUUUGUUCUUCUUCACACAGGAAACAAAGUCCUUGAGCACUUUUUCAGAGUCAAAACAACUAAUGAAAAAAUUCAAGCAAAUAUCUCUCCAAACCAUAGGACCCAGCCUCAGGUYGAUAAACAAGCAUCGCUUGUUAGAGAAUUAAAAUCUAUGAUUGAAAAAGACAAGAUCGUUAAAGAGGUACAAAGUGACUUGGCAAAAGAAAAUGGGCAAAAAAUGGGAAACAUGUUGCUUCUUUGUUCAUCACAACCCAGCCAUACAUCUGCUUUGAAACGUCKGAAUAUAAAUAUUCGUCKGAAUAUAAAUAUUCCUGUCGAGGAUAUCUUCCYUAAAAACCAACAACACGGAGCGCUYUUAGAAAGAAAAAUAUCAGACAGAGUCCAGGAGUCUUUUCAUAUAGCAACAGCAACUGCCAUACGUCAAUACRAUUCGAUCGUUGGAGAGCUGCAGCAGUUAGUUAGUGACAAAGGAUUGGAGUAUARGAAUAUUGUCAAUCAAGUACACAAUGGAAUAAGAACGGCACUGAGUUUAACAGAAAAACCAAGCAGUCCAAUCAUAAAUGAAUAUGCUCGUGCUUUAACAGAAAAGUUCUCUAUGUUGGAGUUAUACAGGGAAAAAAUACGCCGAUUACGAAAAGAAAACCAGGACUCAAAGGAAUACAUAGUUGAAUUGCAAGAUGCUUUAGCCUCGACAAAGGAAAGGAACAAGAUACCAGACAUAGCGAUUAGAAUUGCUUCAAUGAUAGAAACAGACAAAGACAAUUGUAAACCUUUGCUAUCAAUUAUUACAAAUAUUCUUGAAAACCAAAAUCYUGCAGGAAGGAAUACAUGGAAUGARGAUACAAAGUCCCUCUUUMCAAUAAUUCUGGAUUACGGUGGACCCGCCCUUUUAAAACUUGUCCGGGAAAGAAUAGGGGGRCCAAGUUUAAAUACUGUUUAUGUCACUGCAAAAUACUCAGCUCCCAUUCAAGAACAACUUACACAAGAAACCUUCCACAAAGCAGCCAAUUUCUUUGCAGAAAUAGGAUAUAAAGGACCUUUUGUCCUAGCUAUCGAUGCUACCGCAKUAACUCCUUCCCUUCGCAUAAAAGGAAACAAAAUAAUUGGAAUAGCCGCUGAMGAAGAAAUUAUUGUGAACAGUGCWCAGGACAUUARUGACAUUACAACUUCAACACAGCAUGAAAAGGCUCGACUUGCGAAUGCUUUCGUUUUAUCUCCCUUGCAAAAGCAUGUUCCGUCCUUUGUACUYGCAAUUUCACCUGUUAUUAACGGUCAUGAUUACWWRACAGUGAAUGGGUGGUUUGAAAAUUCCCUUGAAUGGGCAGCAGAGUACCYKCUACCUAUUCUUGGCAUAGGUGCGGAUGGWGAUUCAAAAUUUAGACGAUAUUAUUUGGACAAAUUUAAAAAACCGCUACAAGAUGUUGGCCUAGUAAACACCAUUUCUAUUAACCAUCGCGGAUUUCAAUUUCAAAGUGUUAUUGAAACAAAAAAUGAUAUGCGCAUACCCACAAUUAUGUUUCCCGAUUGGAAACACCUUAUAAAAAAAUGGAGAAACCAACUCCUUAAUGUAAAGAGAAUCCUGGUACUAGGAAACGCAUACAUCCAAAUUGAGCACCUCAUGAACAUAUUUGAAAAAUACAAACUCAAGAGUGGACUUUGGAAAAGUGACAUUUUCAUUAAGGACAAGCAGAAUGUUGAUGCUGCCGUUAGGAUUCUUCAAGAACCAGUGCGACAUUGCUUAAGAGACUGGGAAGAAAAGAGAACCGAGGCUACCAGAACCUAUCUUAAAAUAGGUGAACAUAUUUACAAGUCGUACAGCGAAGACAAUUUAGCAGUAAAAGAAAGGUCUCGUCUUGCUUGGUCUGCCGUGACUUUUGUUCGAUUAUGGAAAGCGUGGGUCGAGUUGUCCAAUCAUCAACUAGAAACAUCAUUUAUUUCAUUACAAACAUAUAAAGACAUUGUCCUUGCCGGACAUUCAAUAAUUCUGACCAUGAAAAUAUUCGCCACCCAUUUCCCACAUAACAGUUUUCAUCCUUACUGUUUCGGUUCAGAUAGRUGCGAAAAAUUGUUUUCGAGUCUUCGAGGAUUUUGCCGAYGUAAAUCCAAUUUGUGUUUGAUGGAUAUGUUAGACUUGUGUAGAAGAAUUCAAAGACUUGAGGAACUUAAGUUUAAAAAUGGUAAGAUAUCAUCGGUACAACAAACGGCAACCUGGCAAYCUUCUACAGACACAGAGAUAGAACAAGGYAUGAAAACYGCUGAAAGAGAGGUAAUAAAAACAAUUGAGCAUUUUGGUAUGUUACCAUUGCUGAUAGCKGGACAUGUUUUGCGAAAAGAAGAAGACGGAAAUAUUGUUUACCUAAAUCCGGGUAUUGAGUCUUGUUGGACAGAUCAUAAGUUUGAACCAGAUGAACUUAAAACAGUAACAGUGGAUGACCUAAUUGAUAUCAACGAUGACAUUUUGUGUACAGCCAUUGAAAAUGAGGACGAAAGUCAUAUKGUCGCCCUCUCAGAUCUUGCCAGCGCCGCCUUGUUUACUGAUGAAAUCGAUGACAUAGAUGAAGAUGAUCCGAAACACUGUACYUACUUUAAGAAUGGUAAAUGCCGCUACCUCGAUCCGAGCUUCAAAACUAAAAAAAACACCCACUGGAUAAAAUGUGACAGUUCAACUUGUGAUAACUGGUUUCACGAAUCAUGCCUCGGACUGUGUUUCAAAAGCGAAGAAGAGCGUGCUCAAUUCAAUUUUUUAUGCGAAAAUCACUCAAACGUCAAAGAACACUAUAUCGAUCUAGUGAAUACCCAUAAAAACGACAAGCGCUUACUCGACAAUGAAGAAGAUGGACCGCCAUUAAAAAAGCGCCAUUCGUGUGGUAAUUCAUCGUCGAGUAUACAUAAAAAUCCUUCGCCAAUGUAUGUAGAGUACGAUGGCGAAUUCUACCAUAUCGCAAAAUUCCUUUCGCUUCAAGAAGGGAAGGUUUACAGACCAUCCACCUCACGCCUUGCUAGYUGGAUGGCUGUAGCGAGAGAAGAUUUUUAUGAAAAAAUUUCAACGCUAGUUUCUCCCCAAGUAAGCAAGGAGGGUUUAUACCUCAAUGACAUCGCUGCAUUCUGGGUACCCGAUCUUCGCCUGAAAAUUGGAAAAGUGUUGAGAAUAGCACGUCAAGUAACUCAUACUUCAUCUGCUUCGCCCAUUUUUGAAUGGAAAAGAACAAAUACGUACAAGGAUAAAGUGCUGGUAUGUAUGCUGGUGAUGAGCUAUGAGGAUGUCGAAGGAAGUGAAAGUGAAUGGUUUCUACACCAAACCGAUAAGGUUUUAUGGUGUGAGGCAAACUCACACUUAGCCACUUUUAGAGACAUAAGCCCCGACAACACUAUCAAUGCGGGAGAAAUCAAAUGCAUUUUGCCUGAGCUGGAACAACAAGAAAAUGAACGCUGUGCUCGAGAAUCACGACUGAAGCAACAAGAAAGAGAAGAAAGAAAGCAGGGUCCACCCGAAGAUAUGACAAUUGUGUUACUCAAGGAAGUUCUCGAUGGACUAAAUAUUACCUACAAAUCCAAUUCAAAAAAAGCAGAGCUAAUCCUCAAAGUAAAACAGGCACGAGUUGCUGCUUCUUUAAACGCUGGUCCGACAAAUCCUAGCCGAAUAAAGAUCCUUGAUGUCAGGCCACAGAAAUCUGACAGUGUGCGGAUUCUGAUUAACUUUGUGUAUUUUUUCGACAGAAGAUGCGAACAAGAAAUCCUUCUACUCCAGCAUGUAUUCUUUCUUUUAAGUAUUCUAGAAAUGUCCAUCGAUGUUAAUCUUUAUCUUAUAAUUUGCAAAAUUUGCCUUAUACUGUUUCAUGUUUUAUCGGGUAUGCUUGUUAUUUAUGUUCUUCAACUGUAUCGAAUUUGGAUUUCUCUACUUUCUUCAACUCCCCAGGCUAAAGUUAAUUUUGCUAAGAUAACGGCUGGUGUUUCUUUUGAUCACAUUACAUCUUAUUAG